CCACUUUUCUGGGGGAUCUCUUAAUUUGAUUUAGAAAGCACAUAGCAAGACUUCUAGGUGUCAAAAUUUAAUAUACCACAUAGCACCCUACUGCAGCUGAUGCUGUCAGGCACGUGAAAGCCUAUGGCUAAUCUGUGUCUUUAGGGAAUAUACUUCUAUAUCUUGUCCCCACCUCCCUGGUUAUCACAACAAUCACUUGGAUAGGCUAUAAGAUCUGGUGUUGUCUCAAGUGAUUUGAUAAGCAGACGAAAACCAAGGGUUCAUUAAGCUCCUGGGGUAUAUAAGCCACAGGGUUUUCAGCAUGCCCCUGUACUUGGGAGGUUUGACAGCUCCCUGUUUGGCAAGCUGGGACUCACAGAAAGAUGUUAUUGACUGCAAAAAUACUUAUUUUCACUCUGAGUGGUUUCCUAAGAGUGAGCACAGGCUUUGACAUUGGAUUAUCCACCAAAUGUGUAGUGAUACCCAAGGAGAUGGACAUGUGCCAUGAGAUUGGAUACUCUGAAAUGAGGCUUCCCAACCUGAUGGGACACACAAGCAUGGCAGAGGUCGUCCUAAAAUCCACCACCUGGCAGCACCUGGUGCACACGGACUGUCACCCUCAUGUGAGGAUGUUCCUGUGCUCUCUGUUUGCGCCCAUCUGCCUGGACACGUUCAUCCAUCCCUGUAGGAGUAUGUGUGUUGGUGUUCGGGACAGCUGUGCUCCUGCGCUUGCCUGCCAUGGGCACACCUGGCCAGAAAGCCUGGACUGCAAUCGAUUCCCUGCAGAUGAGGACAUGUGCCUGGCAUCGCUUACAAAGGAAUAUAAAUACUUGCACAAAGUCCUACCAAAGCCUGCAUGCCAGACCUGCCCAGCAGUGGAGGAACUUUUUACACACAAAAGAGUUCUCGAAGUUUUCUGUGACAGUAAUUUUGCAGUGAAAGUAAAGCUGUCCAAAAAAAGAGCAGUAAUUGGCGACCAAGACUACAACAUUGAGUGCCAUGUGGAAUUCAUUACCCAGGGCUCACUCCUGCCUUAUGAAACUCAGCACAUGAUACAGCAAUGGCUGCUUAUCAAUGAAAACUGUACACAGAGGAUGACUCAAACCCAUCGUCCUAUGGUGUAUCUCCUUGUAGGGAAGAUUGAGGAGGGUAUCAUUUUAGUAAAUCAGAUCUACCACUGGCAGAGAAGGGACUCCCAGCUGACUUUGGCCACUCAGAAGUGGAGGUACCAUAAAUGCUUGUAAAUAUUUAUCUUAUUACUUGUAAAAAGCUUAUUACACUUUUUAUGCCAAACCUACAUUGUAAAUAAGAAUGUACUAUAAGUGGCAUGUAAAAUUUUUGUUUCCUUUUAAACUGUAUUAUAAGUUGAACUUGAAUCCAGUGUUAUCAGGCCUACUUUCUAUAGUAUUUUAGCUAUUUGUGAAAUUUGAACUUGGUCAUCUAUGUGUAAAGUUUUGAGUUAUUGCAAAAAUCUUUUGUAAUAUGCAUAAAAACUGAAAUGAAACAGUUUUAAUCCAGCUCAGUAUCUUUAGUGUAUUCUUCUAUAGGGUUCAUCCUGCCAUUUUCUUGACUUACCAAACUUUCUGUUGGUUAAUGCUUCAUUAAUACACCUCAUACUUUUCCAUCAGAGUAUUUUAAAAGAAGGUGGCCCUCUGCUGGUCAUUUUUGUCCAAAUCAAAAUGGAAUAAAUUGGAAUAAAUAACAGCAAACACAACACAGCCCAACCGCAAGAAGAUCUGGUCGUUUGUUGUCAUUUUACAUUGAUCAAGAUGAUGUCUUGGUGGUAAUGCCUCUGAGAAUGGGGUAACUGCAGUUGUGGAAUCUUUUUAAAUCAGGACUCCCUUGCUGAAAGGUCCUAUUUAAUAUUCAGACAUACAUACAAUAUCUCAGUGCCACCCACCAGAGAGUGGUGGGCAUGGAACCAGCUGCCCAGGGCAGUGGGCACAGCUCCGAGCUGCCAGAGCACAAGAAGAGUUUGGACACAUGGUUUGAAUUUAGGAUGGUUCAGUGUGGAGCCAGGAGUUGAGCUCGAUGAUCCUUGUGGGUCUUGG